CAACAACCAAACAAGAUGAAGUAUACUCUAAUUCUAGUUCUAGCGUUAGUAGCGCCUCUAGCUUAUACAGCUAGUCUGCCAAAGCCUGAAAUUCCUGCCUUCAUUCAAUCCUUGAAGGACCUUCGGCGUGGUCCACCGCGAGAACCCAUCACCAAGCGUGUCAAUGCGCAGACUCGUUGGAUCACUCAGAAACUGGACAACUUUGACGAUGACAAUGAGGCAACAUGGGAAGACCGCAUUAUAAUUAAUGAAGACAAUUUCGUGGAUGGAUCUCCGAUAUUCAUUUACCUUGGUGGCGAAUGGAUUAUUAAGCCCGAGGAUAUAGCAUCAGGGCUUCUGGCAGACCUCGCUAAGGAACAUAAUGGUACCAUUCUCACCACAGAACAUCGAUUCUUUGGCGAGAGUAUCCCUAUUAAACCCCUGUCCACAGAAAACCUUAGCAAGUAUCAAAAUGUGAAGCAAGCCUUGGCUGAUGUGGUGAAUGUUAUUAAGGUACUUAAGGAGGAGGACAAGUACAAGGAUUCGAAGGUCGUCGUUCAAGGAUGUUCCUACUCUGCAACCAUGGCAACUUGGCUCAAGAAAUUGUAUCCCGAUGUCAUUGUUGGGAGUUGGGCAUCCAGUGCUCCUCUUGAAGCCAAGGUUAACUUUAGAGAGUUUAUGAAAGUUGUUGGACAAGCAUACAGAGAGCUAGGGGGAGACUAUUGCUACGACAUCAUUGACAACGCCACAUCCUAUUAUGAAAAUUUGUUUUACAACGGAGAGGGAGCGCAAGCUAAGACAGAAUUAAAUCUCUGCAGUAACUUUGACGAGGAUGACGAACAAGAUCAGUGGCAAUACUUCAGCACUGUAGCGAACGUUUUCGCUAACAUCGCUCAAUACCAGAAACCCGAGAACUAUGACUUGGCCCAGUACUGUUCCGUUCUGCGUAGCUUCAGUGACAACGAUUAUGUAGCCUUGUCUAAAUUUGUGCAAUGGCGUCUCGGAUAUCCGGCUUGUGUCAACACCAGAUACCAAGGAGCUGUUAACUACUACUUGUGGUCGAAGGACAACUAUGAUGGCGAUGGUCUGGCUUGGACGUUCCAAACUUGCAGUGAAUUUGGCUGGUUCCAGUCUUCUGGUAGUCGCAGUCAACCGUUUGGCACUAAUUUCCCAGUCACCCUUUACACCGACAUUUGUGAGGAUGUUUUCGGAUCUGACUAUACUGAGGCUAAGAUUCGGGCACUAAUCAAGGAAACAAAUGCUGACUUUGGUGGCAUCGAGAGCGUUGAGAAUGUUUAUUUCACACAGGGUGGUUUGGAUCCAUGGGCCAAGGUUGGAGCUGGUGUGGCACAAGGAGCUACCAUUAUUCCACAAGCUUCUCACUGCUCUGAUCUGGGUUCAAUUAGUGCGUCGGACAGUGCAGCCUUGCGUGCCUCGAAGGAACGUGUGUCUGAACUUAUUGCCCAGUGGCUUGCAUAAGAUUAAAUUUCUCAUCCAUAUAUUGUUAAUAUUUUGUUCUUUUUUAAUUUCUAUUAUUAUGAUUUAUUAAAUAAAUAUCGAACAUUCAUUUGUGUUA